UCCACCACCGAGCUGCGCGGACCACCGAGCUGCGCGGCCACCACCUCGGCCACCCCCUAUCAUCGGAUUUAUCGCGAUUUACCAACGCACCGCGUCAUGGCUGAUAUAUCAAAAGAAGGGCGUAUGCAAUUAGCACUUGAAGCCUAUAAGAAAGGUCUUUUUCCAUCAAAAACUGCAGCUGCCAAAGCUUUUGACGUGCCUCCAAGGACCUUUAUGACACGCGUUAAUGGGACUACUGCUCGCAAAGAUUCAACUGCAAAUUGUCGCAAAUUGACAGAUACUGAAGAAUCUACACUUUCAGCAUGGAUUCUUGAUAUGGACCGACGUGGUUUACCUCCACGAAUAUCAACAG